AUGAUGAAUCCGGCCGAUGCCGUGGCGGGCGCCCUCCAAGACGGCAAAGCCCACCUGCUGCUCGCCUGCACCGGCAGCGUCGCCACCAUCAAACUCCCCUCGAUGCUGGCCCACCUCGCCCGUCACCCGUCCCUCUCCAUCCGCAUCAUCCUGACGCCCUCGGCAGCGCAGUUCCUCACGGGCACAUCAGCCGAGCAGCCAACCGUCGAGUCGCUGCGCCGCCUCCCCGGCGUCGACGGCGUCUACCUCGACGCCGACGAGUGGGGUCCCCACGCGUGGAAGCGCGGCGCCUCGAUCCUCCACAUCGAGCUCCGCCGCUGGGCCGACCUGCUCGUCCUCGCGCCGCUGUCGGCCAACUCGCUCGCCAAGAUCGCCGCCGGCCUGUCCGAUAACCUCAUCACGUCCGUCGUGCGCGCCUGGGACACGUCUGUCCGCGCCGACGGCACGCGCCGCCGCAUCGUCGCCGCGCCGAGCAUGAACACCAUGAUGUACACCCAUCCGCUGACGGCGCGGCACCUCAAGGUGCUCGAGGAGGACUGGGGCGGCCGCGACGGCUGGUUCGAUGUGCUGCGGCCCGUGUCCAAGGCGCUGGCGUGCGGCGAUGUCGGCGUCGGGGCCAUGAGGCCGUGGGAGGAGGUUGUCGCGCUGGUCGAGGAGAGGCUUGGGUUGUCGGCGGAGGGGGCAUCGCGAGGUGGGAGGAAUGUGGCAUAA